ACUUUGCCCUUAUUUUUUUUUCUUUUUAUCUUUUUCGUUUUUUUAUAACAUAUAUAAAUUCAUGGCUCGGUAAUGAAACGAUCAAAUACUGGAGAUUAUAAAAAAAGUAAAAAAUUGUGUAUUUCAUCUUCACCGCCUCACAUUGCAUUUAAUAAUAAAGAACAACAAUCAACAAUAAUGUCCCAUCAUAUAUUACAACAAAUAAAAGAAAGUGUGGUGCAUCUAAAUAAAGGUGACCUUGAUUAUUGUAUUUCACAACAGUUUUUUUCAAUACCUUCUCCUCCUUUACCAACAAUAAACGACGAAGAAGAGAUUCUAAUCACAAUACAAAAGACAUUGAAAAGUAUUGCUGAACGACAACUUACGCUUGAAACCGAAAAUAAACGUUAUCGAAUAGCUAUUAAGCAACAACAUCAUUUAUUAACAGCACAAAAACAGCAGCAGCAGCAGCAGCAGCAGCAACAACAACAGCAGCAACAACAACAGCAACAACAACAACAACAACAACAACAACAACAACAACAACAACAACAACAACAACAACAACAACAAGAAGAAGAAGAAAAUGACGAAUCUGUUGUAAAUAGUACUGGAACCUCUGAAGAUUGUCUUUCCUCUUUUCAACAGUCUCCAAUGUUGGAUAAGUUACAUUUAUCCCCUAUAUCAGAUAAUGAUGACGACAACAACAAGAAUAAGGAUAAUAGUUUAGAUAAAGAUAUAUGUCAGUCUUGCGCAAAUCAAGCAAUCCAGGUGGCCUUAGCAGUGCAUAAUGGUGAUCUGGAACGACGUAUUAUUUGUAACAAACACUCAACUAGUUUAUUGAAAAAUGCUGUAAAUUCAAUGGCUGACAAAUUACAACGUAUUACUAAAAAUGUUCUCAAGGUCGCUCAAGAGACAGCGAUUGAAGGUAAAUUAGGUGUUCAGGCUGAUUGUGAUGAUACGAUGGAAGGUGUUUGGCGGGAUUUUAUUUUAAACUUGAACAGCAUGACCAAAAAUCAUUUGGAACAAGUUAGAGAUAUUACGGAUGUCUCAACUGCUAUUGCAAGAGGUGAUCUUAGUAAAACAAUGACUGUUCCUGUAACCGGUGAAACACUUUCUUUAAAGAAUACAUUUAAUACUAUGGUCAAUCAUUUGAAUUUAUUUGCUUCAGAAGUGACUCGUGUCGCUCAUGAAGUUGGGACUGAAGGUAAAUUAGGUGCUCAAGCAAAGGUAGCUGGUAUUGGUGGUAUAUGGAAAGAAUUGACAGAUAAUGUAAAUACAAUGGCAGCCAAUUUAACGAAUCAAGUUAGAGAUAUUGCUCAUGUUUCAAAGGCUGUAGCUUGUGGUGAUUUAACAAAGAAAGUAAAAGUGGAAGUGAAGGGUGAAAUGUUGGAUUUAAAAAAUACAAUCAAUACCAUGGUAGAUCAACUAUCUACCUUUGCUAUCGAGGUCACUCGUGUAUCAUUAGAAGUAGGCACUGAAGGUAAAUUGGGCGGUCAGGCUGUGGUAAAGGAAAUUGAUGGUACUUGGAAAGACUUGACAGAUAAUGUCAAUCUAAUGGCUCAAAAAAUUACAAGUCAAGUACGUGAUAUCGCUGUCGUCGCUAAAGCUGUUGCUGAAGGUGAUUUAUCUAAAAAAGUAACUGCAAAUGCGCAAGGUGAAGUUUUAGAAUUAAAAAACACAAUGAAUCGAAUGGUAGAUCAAUUGACUAAUUUUUCAGCUGAAGUCAGAAGAGUGUCCUUAGAAGUAGGCGUUGAAGGUAAAUUAGGUGGACAGGCUAUGGUGAAGGAUGUAGGUGGAGCCUGGAAAGAUCUUACAGAUAAUGUAAAUACAAUGGCUGCUAAUCUAACAACUCAAGUGAGAUCGAUUGCGGAAGUAACCACGGCUGUAGCUAAUGGUGAUUUAUCUAAAAAAAUUGAUGUUGAAACAAGUGGUGAAAUCCUGGAUCUAAAAAACACCGUCAACAACAUGGUGGAUCAAUUAAGAGUGUUCUCUACUGAAGUAACCCGUGUUGCUAAAGAAGUAGGAACCGAGGGUAAAUUGGGUGGUCAAGCUCAAGUACCUAGUGUUGAUGGUACAUGGCGUGUUUUGACAGAUAAUGUGAAUACAAUGGCCUCAAAUCUUACAACUCAAGUAAGAUCUAUCGCUGAAGUGACUACUGCUGUGGCUAAAGGAGAUUUAUCCAAAAAGAUCGAUGUUGAGACCAGCGGUGAAAUUUUAGACUUAAAGGUUACAGUCAAUAACAUGGUGGAUCAACUCCGUGUCUUUUCUACUGAAGUAACUCGUGUUGCUAAAGAGGUCGGUACAGAAGGAAAAUUGGGAGGACAAGCUCAGGUGCCUAGUGUUGAUGGUACAUGGCGGGUGCUCACUGACAAUGUAAAUACGAUGGCUUCUAAUCUAACAACACAAGUAAGAUCAAUUGCUGAAGUAACAACGGCUGUGGCUAAUGGUGAUUUAUCUAAAAAGAUUGAAGUUGAGUCUGGAGGUGAGAUUGCCGAGUUAAAGAACAUUGUAAAUGACAUGGUGGAUCAAUUGAGAGUUUUUGCUUCAGAAGUCACACGUGUUGCUAAAGAAGUGGGUACUGAAGGUAAAUUAGGUGGUCAAGCUCAGGUGCCUAGUGUCGAUGGUACAUGGAGGGUGCUCACUGACAAUGUAAACACAAUGGCCUCAAAUCUGACAACACAAGUAAGAUCAAUUGCUGAAGUAACAACGGCUGUAGCUAAAGGAGAUUUAUCUAAAAAAAUUGACGUCGAAACCAGCGGUGAAAUUUUAGACUUAAAGGUUACAGUUAAUAACAUGGUGGAUCAGUUAAGAGUGUUCUCUACUGAAGUAACCCGUGUCGCUAAAGAGGUUGGUACAGAAGGAAAAUUAGGCGGACAAGCUCAAGUACCUAGUGUUGAUGGUACAUGGCGUGUUUUGACAGAUAAUGUGAAUACAAUGGCCUCAAAUCUUACAACUCAAGUAAGAUCUAUCGCUGAAGUGACUACUGCUGUGGCUAAAGGAGAUUUAUCCAAAAAGAUCGAUGUUGAGACCAGUGGUGAAAUUUUAGAUUUGAAGGUUACAGUUAAUAACAUGGUGGAUCAGUUAAGAGUGUUCUCUACUGAAGUAACUCGUGUUGCUAAAGAAGUGGGUACUGAAGGUAAAUUAGGUGGCCAAGCUCAGGUGCCUAGUGUCGAUGGUACAUGGAGGGUGCUCACUGACAAUGUAAAUACUAUGGCUUCUAAUCUAACAACACAAGUAAGAUCGAUUGCAGAAGUGACUACUGCUGUGGCUAAAGGGGAUUUAUCUAAAAAAAUUGACGUCGAAACCAGCGGUGAAAUUUUAGACUUAAAGGUUACAGUUAAUAACAUGGUGGAUCAACUUCGUGUCUUUUCUACUGAAGUAACUCGUGUCGCUAAAGAGGUAGGAACUGAGGGCAAAUUAGGCGGACAAGCUCAGGUACCUAGUGUAGACGGCACAUGGCGUGUUUUAACAGAUAAUGUAAACACGAUGGCUUCAAAUCUUACAACUCAAGUAAGAUCCAUUGCUGUUGUUACUAAAGCCGUAGCUAAUGGUGAUUUAUCUAAAAAGAUUGAAGUUGAGUCUGGAGGUGAAAUUGCCGAAUUAAAGAACAUUGUAAAUGACAUGGUGGAUCAAUUGAGAGUUUUUGCUUCAGAAGUGACUCGUGUUGCUAAAGAAGUAGGAACCGAAGGUAAAUUAGGUGGUCAAGCUGUUGUUUUGAACGUAGGAGGAACCUGGAUGGAUCUAACAGAUAAUGUCAACCAAAUGGCUGCCAAUUUGACAUCGCAGGUUCGUUCAAUCGCCGAGGUUACUAAAGCCGUUGCUCAUGGCGAUUUGUCUAAGAAAAUUGAAGUCAAAUCUGGAGGCGAAAUUCUUGAAUUGAAAAAUACGGUAAAUGACAUGGUGGAUCAAUUGAAUGUGUUUGCUUCUGAAGUAUCACGUGUUGCUCGUGAAGUCGGUACAGAAGGUAAAUUAGGCGGCCAAGCAGUUGUGCCUAAUGUGGGUGGUACAUGGAUGGACCUGACAGACAACGUCAACCAAAUGGCUGCCAAUUUGACUUCUCAAGUUCGCUCAAUUGCAGAAGUUACGAAGGCAGUUGCUCUUGGUGAUCUGUCUAAGAAGAUUGAAGUUGAGUCAGGCGGAGAAAUCUCUGAAUUGAAGAAUACAGUGAAUGACAUGGUGGAUCAGUUGAGAGUCUUUGCCUCUGAAGUGACACGUGUAUCAAAAGAAGUCGGUACAGAGGGUAAACUAGGCGGUCAAGCUGUUGUUCAAGGCGUUGCAGGCACAUGGCAUGAACUCACAGACAACGUUAACAUUAUGGCAGCUAAUCUUACAAAUCAAGUCCGUUCCAUCGCAGAAGUUACGAAGGCUGUAGCUUUAGGUGACCUUUCAAAAAAGAUUGCAGUUGAGUCAGGCGGUGAAAUUCUAGAACUCAAAAAUACAGUCAAUGACAUGGUAGAUCAGUUACGAGUAUUUGCCUCUGAAGUCACUCGUGUGGCACGCGAGGUAGGUACAGAAGGUUCAUUAGGUGGUCAAGCAGUUGUGCCAAACGUAGGUGGUACAUGGAAAGACUUAACCGAUAAUGUCAAUCAUAUGGCUGCUAAUUUGACUAAUCAAGUUCGCUCAAUUGCAGAAGUAACAAAAGCGGUUGCUCUUGGUGAUCUAUCAAAGAAGAUCGAAGUUGAGUCAGGUGGAGAAAUAUUGGAACUGAAAAACACAGUCAAUGACAUGGUAGAUCAAUUGCGAGUUUUCGCCUCAGAGGUGACUCGUGUCGCUAAAGAAGUAGGUACUGAGGGAAAGCUAGGCGGUCAAGCUGUUGUUCAAGGUGUAGCGGGUACAUGGAAAGAUUUAACUGAUAAUGUCAAUAUGAUGGCAGCUAACCUUACCACCCAAGUACGAUCGAUUGCUGAAGUAACAGAAGCUGUAGCUUUAGGAGACCUUUCUAAGAAAAUUGAUGUUGAGACACGUGGGGAAAUUCUAGACCUAAAAAAUAUUGUAAACGAUAUGGUGGAUCAACUAAGAGUUUUCGCCUCAGAAGUGACUCGCGUUGCUAAAGAAGUAGGAACUGAAGGUAAAUUAGGUGGUCAAGCUGUCGUUUUGAACGUGGGCGGUACAUGGAUGCAUUUAACUGAUAACGUAAACCAGAUGGCAGCAAACUUAACAGAUCAGGUACGAUCAAUUGCUGAGGUUACUAAAGCUGUUGCUCAUGGUGAUUUAUCUAAGAAGAUUGAAGUAGAAUCGGGUGGUGAGAUCUUAGAAUUAAAAAAUACUGUAAAUGACAUGGUGGAUCAAUUGAAUGUAUUUGCUUCUGAAGUAUCACGUGUUGCUCGUGAAGUCGGUACAGAAGGUAAAUUAGGCGGCCAAGCAGUUGUGCCUAAUGUGGGUGGUACAUGGAUGGACUUGACAGACAACGUCAACCAAAUGGCUGCCAAUUUGACUUCUCAAGUUCGCUCAAUUGCAGAAGUAACAAAAGCAGUUGCUCUUGGUGAUCUGUCUAAGAAGAUUGAAGUUGAGUCAGGCGGAGAAAUCUCUGAAUUGAAGAAUACAGUGAAUGACAUGGUGGAUCAGUUGAGAGUCUUUGCCUCUGAAGUGACACGUGUAUCAAAAGAAGUUGGUACAGAGGGUAAACUAGGCGGUCAAGCUAUUGUUAAAGAUGUUGCUGGUACUUGGAAAGAUUUGACAGAUAAUGUAAACAUCAUGGCAGCUAACCUUACUACCCAGGUACGAUCUAUUGCUGAGGUCACUAAAGCAGUUGCUAGUGGUGAUAUGAGCAAGAAAAUUCAUGUGGAAACCCGUGGUGAAAUUCUUGAAUUGAAGAUUACAGUAAAUAGUAUGGUUGAUCAGUUACGUGUAUUUGCCUCUGAGGUAACUCGUGUAGCGCGUGAGGUAGGUACUGAAGGCAAGUUGGGUGGUCAAGCAACUAUCAUUGGUGUAGAUGGCACAUGGAAAGAUUUAACGGAUAACGUCAAUUUGAUGGCAAGUAAUCUUACUGACCAAUUACGAUCUAUUGCUGCUGUUUGUAAAGCUGUAGCUCAAGGUGAUCUUUCCAAGAAAAUCGAAGUUGAAGUUCACGGUGAAAUUGCUGAACUAAAAAAUACAAUUAAUACAAUGGUAGAUCAAUUGAGUUCGUUUGCUGCAGAAGUAACGCGUGUUGCUAAAGAAGUCGGUACUGAAGGUAAAUUAGGUGUUCAAGCCCAAGUAGAAGAUAUUGAGGGUUUAUGGAGAGAUAUUACGAGUAAUGUCAAUACAAUGGCAUCUAAUUUAACCACACAAGUCCGAGCCUUUGCACAAAUUUCAGCGGCUGCAACUGAAAAUGAUUUUUCAAGGCUUAUUACUGUUGAAGCCUCUGGUGAAAUGGAUUCGCUUAAGACUAAAAUUAAUCAAAUGGUAAACUCCUUACGUGAUGCUAUUCAAAAGAAUCGACAAGCACGAGAGGCAGCCGAACUAGCAAAUCGAUCCAAGAGUGAAUUUCUGGCCAAUAUGAGUCAUGAAAUUCGUACACCCAUGAAUGGUAUCAUCGGUAUGACCUCUUUGACAUUAGAAACUGAACUGACACGACAACAGCGAGAAAAUCUCAUGAUCGUUUCUAGCUUGGCCAAUAGUUUAUUGACUAUUAUUGAUGAUAUCUUGGAUAUUUCAAAAAUUGAAGCUGGUCGUAUGACGAUUGAGUCUAUUCCAUUUUCUUUACGGUCAGCUAUUUUUAGUGUUCUAAAGACAUUAGCUGUAAAAGCAAAUCAAAAGAAAUUGGAUUUAAUCUAUAAUGUAGAUAGUGCAAUUCCUGACCAGUUAAUUGGCGAUCCUUUGAGACUACGACAGGUAAUUACAAACUUGAUUGGCAAUGCAGUCAAGUUUACUACAAAGGGUGAAGUUGUAUUGGAGACAAAGAUAGUUAAUAUUCAAGGAGAAGAUGUUAUUUUGGAGCUUUGUGUGCGUGAUACUGGUAUUGGUAUUCAGGAAGAUAAACUUAGUGUCAUUUUUGAUACAUUCUGUCAAGCUGAUGGGUCAACAACUCGUGAAUAUGGUGGUACUGGUUUAGGCUUAUCUAUUUCAAAGCAUCUAGUUCAACUUAUGGGCGGUGAUUUAUGGGUAACAUCUAUGUAUGGCCGCGGCUCACAAUUCUUUUUUACACUCAACUUUAAACGAUAUCCCAAAGAGCAACAUGAUGCUUUUGAAAAGAUGAAGCGAUUUAAGGGUCGUAAUAUUCUAUUUUUAGAUGGUACAAAUGAUCAAAUGCAAAUUGAGUGUAAACUCAAGGAGUUAGGCUUAAAUCCUUUCCGCGUUACUGGUAUCUCUGAAUCUGUUAACAUGACAGAUCUAGCCCUAUUUAAGGGUACCAAUAAUAAGCAGCCACCUAUUUUUGAUACUGUCCUCGUCGGUAACGUUGCGUAUGCAGAAAAAAUACGUGAAGCUGUUCAUUUACGAUACACGCCUAUCAUUUUGAUUGCACCUGAAAUACAUCGUCUUAACAUGAAAUUGUGUAUUGAUUUAGGAAUUACAGGUUAUAUUAAUGCCCCUGUGAGUUCAUCUGAUUUAGCAUAUACACUAUUACCUGCUCUCGAAAGUCAUUCAACAUUACCUAAUGAUUCAGCGAUACCCGUGCCUCUUGAUAUCCUAUUAGCAGAAGACAACAUUGUGAAUCAAAAGCUAGCAGUUCGAAUUCUUGAAAAGUUUGGACAUAAAGUAGAGAUUGUAUCAAACGGUAAACUUGCAGUAGAAGCAUUUGAAAAUAAUAAAUAUGACUUGAUAUUGAUGGAUGUUCAAAUGCCAAUUAUGGGUGGAUUUGAAGCUACUCAAAAGAUUCGCGAGAUUGAACAAAGAUCCAGAAGUCGAUCCCAUGUACCUAUUAUUGCUCUAACUGCACAUGCUAUGAUUGGUGAUCGUGAAAAGUGCUUACAAUCCGGCAUGGAUGAAUACGUUACCAAGCCUUUAAGAUUCCCUGAAUUAAUAGCAGCUAUCAAAAAGUUUGCUCCUCACCAUGAUGUUAGAACUGUAAGAUUAAGGAAUGACAUGAAAUCAAGUAGUGUUAGUAGUAGUAGUAGUACUAGAAAGCGUUAAACAAACAAGGCUCUUCUUCUAUAAUAUACUCUAUUUAUUUAUUAACAUAUAAUGUACUAAUAUGCUAUAAUAAUUUACAUAUUUAACAAGCGCAGAAAAAAAAAGGGGCUUUUUGUAUAAUUCUUUAUGUUGUUGUUUGCAAUAAAAUGAAAUUUGACAAUGCAAAUUAUCGGAAAUUUGAAUUUUAAUUGGUCAUGUAAAUUUU